GCGUACCAUUCACACAGGAUAUGUGCCACAGCUAGCUAGAAUAGCUAGAAAAUACUAGCCAGAUCUCGGGCUUUUGGCCGGACCAAAGACAUGAAGAAAUUCAAGAGACGAUGGAGAGUAAUUUCUGCUCUUUGAACGACUCCGAAGACCUUAAUAUUUUAAUAUCAAAUCCUGAUGAGAGGUUGCGGAUUGAAAGGACCAAGACUCUGUUUGAGGAGAUCCGGGCUUCCCUCAAUAACAACGAUGAAGAGGACCGCUCUUUCUGGAGGCCUGUGUUGCCUUGGGGGGGUGUGUACACCAUCCGGGCCGGCCGCAAGGCUAUCUCCUGUAUCCCCCUGUACGUGAAGGUCAAUCUGAAGAACACCUGCACCAUCGAUGGCUUCCUCAUGCUCCUGUACGUCAUCCUACGGGACAACCAGACUUUCCCCCGGGAGUUGGGUGUGUUCCUGGGUCGGGAGUUUGUGGAGCACUUCCUCUAUCUCAUGGACUCUUAUGACUACACCACUGUCAAGAUGCUGUGGAUCUUGGACCGCAUGUCCAAGCGGCAGUACCGCUCGGCCAUCCACCAGUCUGCCCUGGAGAUCGACCUGUUCGGCAACGAGCAUGAGAACUUCACCAAGAACCUUGAGGACAUCAUGUCCACCAUUCAAGAGAGCCUGUGCACUAACUGGGGCUGUCCGGCCCGCUUUCAGGAGUUUCUCAAAAAGACCAUUAACAUCAACCCUCCUCAUGAGCUACCUCAUAGGGACCCUAUCCAGUCUGCAGUGGAUCAGUUCUUCUGCACCAAAAUUGUGCUUUGCCAAGAGUUUGGCUGCAGUGGGCUCCGGGAGUUCUCCCAGAGGGUUUUCUGCCACGGACCCCCUCCGUUCAUCAUCCUCAACAUGCAGUUGUGGAAGUCAGAGGAGUUGUCCUAUGUGCCCUACCAUCUGGCUUUGUCCCAGCACAGGUACUCCCUAGAGGGCGCCACACUCUUCAACAAGGAGGAGCACCACUAUUCUGCGGCCUUUCAGAUUGACGGCUCCUGGAUGCACUACGAUGGACUCCGCAGCGACAACCUCAUUCUGCUCAACAAGCCACCUGAACUCCUGUUGCUCUCCUCUCUUGUCUAUGUCCGUUGCUCUGACAACAAGUGAGCUGCUGCGGCCACGGGGUUGCAGGUCGCAGGACUGGAAAACGGACUCGGCCAGAUUACAGGUGUUGCAGAAUGUGAUCAUAGAUCAGUUUGCCAACCACUGCCACAUCUACAAUGGCUUUUAGCACAUAGAGCAGAGCUUUAUUGAACGUUCCUCAAUGUCAGAUUGAAAGAUGUUUGAGAGGCCUUGUUUCUUCUUUGUUUCACUUGACAUUAUUCUUGCAUUAAGCAUUUUUUCCUCUUCUUGAUCUUAUUUCUUCAGAUUGUCUUUAAUUGUGUUUCCUAAUGUCUUUUCCUAAUUUGUCCUCUCAUGAGGUAAUAUAGUUAGCAUUGGCCAUCUCUGCUAAGCUGUUGCUGAUGAGCAGUUCCUAUUUAUUAUGAAAUGUUGAUAAUUCUGUGAUUCUUUCCUAUUUGCUUUCUUAGAUUUGUCUAAGACACUUCUUUAAUUGGCCAUGGAGAAUUGAAAAUGUUUCUCUUUUUGGUUUGCAUGCUUGGAAUCCAAGAAAUGUGUAUUAUGGACUAUAAUAGUUCUGGGCUGUGAAUUGGAGGCUGAAUGGGGAAUACAUUGUGAAGAAAGCUCAGAACAUUGAUAAAACAUCUUCAAGUUUGUGGGCUUUUCCUCCAUGGGUUUAAGCAAUAUGCUAAUUUUAUUUGCAUCUGUUUUCCAUUUUCUCAAAAACACAAACAAAUGUAUUGCUAUAACUUGGGCAAAUGGAACACAUCCUUGUUUAUUCUCUGAAAUCAUUUGAUUUGAACGAGGCAUAGGGGUGAUGGAAUGCUUUUGCCUCUCCGACAGUUCAAAGCUCAUAUGGACACAGGUUCCAAAUUUAGAAGUAAACUGGUGCUUUUAUGUUUUUCUCAUGUGCCAUUGAUUUACUAUAAUACACCAAUAUUAUUGUAGGUACUUUUUUGCCACUCAUUGAAAACUGCCAUCCUCUCUGAUUGUUGGUCUGACUUUUCCAGAGGACAUCCUGAAGUCUAGCAUUAGCCUGUUUAUCAAUAAUGAAAUACCUUGUCUUACAAGGAUCACAAAAUUGAGGCCCUGUUUCACAGCACAUGAGCCAGUCAGUGGAUGCCCUAGCUACCAUUUUACUGUUGGUGAAUGGUGGAUGUGUACUGACGCAGGAAUAGAACACUUAAGGCAUACAGUGGACAUUGCCUAAGUCACAUGAUUGAGCAACACAACUACUGUAUAACAUUCACUUGCUAAGAAGGGAAGAGCAAGUGCUAUUUGCAGAUGGCACCAACAAAUUUAAGUUAUGUCAAUUCUUACCUAUUUGAAAGGCGUCCACUGUUAUAUUGAAAGUUGAUUAUUUUGCCUGUAUCAGCUUUCACAAUUAUACCAUGAUGUGUUUUGCCUAGGGAUUGUUUUUCUCUUAAAUAGAAUUGAAAACCUUUGCUACAAUAUCUAUCUUGUGCAUUAAUGUCAUGAUUCAAAUGUCCAGUGCUAAACUGGUGACCUCACACACUCUACCACUAAGUUUUAGCCAAAAAUAACUGAAAUGUUAUCCAGUGAUUUCAAUACAAAAAAUGGAUUAUUUAAAAUGAUUGCCUGAUAUGGUCAAUGACAGCUCACAGCACUUGAUUACUUGGUCCCCGCACAUCUACAGUACUGCUGAUCCAAUCUUAUGACUCCUUUUUUGCUUUGUAAUGAAAACAUACAGAUUUGAAGUCUCUACCUUUGUUGUCUCAUAAGAGAAACGCAAGUGUUUAACUAUGCAGCCUUUUGUUUUUAAUACUACAAUUUGUUUUUUAAAGCAAUAAAAUAUUUUUAUACA